AAAAUGUGCCCUGCUGUGGGGCCUCCAGGACAGGUUUGAAAAUCCCAGGCAUAGAAGUUCCAUACUUAACCUCACCAACUUGAAGGUCUUCGUCUACUUGCAGACUAAGCUUCUCCUAUUUGGACGUCUUCAUGCUUCAGCGAGACCUACAUGGAAUUCCCCUGAAGUCUUGCAGCUGACUGAGGAGCAGAGAGCUGGAGGGAAAUGGAAUCGAGUGAGACCAGUGUUCAAUACAACCGCUGGAAUGAAGACAACAUGAACAUGCAAGUGCCGCAUUCACAGUCCAGACUCAUUGGUCUCUAUAACAGACUGUGCACCGGGCGGCUGGGCAUUGUGAUGAAAGGGACAACAUCUUUGACCGUGAUGGAAGUUAUAUACAUUGUUGGAUACAUCACAGGAUACUAG